CGACAUGUUCGUCCCGCGCUUCUGUCAGAUCAUGUGAUAAGUGUUGUUUUUCUUGGCAUGGCCGCAAAUGCUAAUAACGAAUGUAAAUCGACUGUUCUUGAACUCUCCUUAUUUCUGCCGUUUGCGAAUGGUCUUCCUCUAUCUAUAUCAUCUACGAUCAUCACCCUUAAGUUGUCUCCGGGUAUUUCUAAAAAAUUUUUAGUGGCCAAAGUUCAUAAGUUCAACCUAUCAGCUCAGAUCCAUGUUUCACCAGUGACACCUCUAAUGGGAUAAUUCCCUUGAUGGACUUACUUCGGAACUGCUUCAAUACAUGAGUACCUCUUUUAUAUUCCAAGAAACUAAUCGCUGAAUGGAAAAAUGAAUAUUUUCCGAUCAAUAUAUAUUUUCCUAAAAGCUUUGCUGCGAUUGGCUUUUGUGAUCGUGAACAACAUCUAUUGUAUACCAACCUAUUGCAUAUGGAUGCUCUUAAUUUUACCCCUGAAGAAGUAUCAUCCCGCCCUAUAUUGGAGGAUAGAGGGAUUCUUCUUUCAUUGGUUACUGUCCAUGGUAACACUGUGGAGUUGGUCUGCAGGCUAUCACAUUGUUGAAAUGGGCGAUGACAUAAGACACUGUCUAGAAGAUCGAACUCUAGUUCUAGUCAACCAUCAGUCCACAGGGGACGUCCCAAUGAUGAUGGCGACAUUAAAUCCAAAACCCAAAGUUUUACCAUCUGUCAUGUGGAUCAUGGACUACGUAUUUAAGUUCACCAAUUUUGGUAUUGUAUCUGUUGUACAUGAGGACCAUUUUAUUCUAUCGGGUAAAAGCCAACGAGAUCAAGGAAUACUUCUAUUACGGAAACAUCUGCGUGAGUCUUACCUACCUCUAAAACGGAAAUUGAUGGUCUUGUUUCCAGAGGGCGGAUUUCUGCGGAAGCGGAAAGAGACAAGUCAGAGGUAUGCAAUUAAGAAUAAUUUACCACAUCUAGAGCAUGUAACAAUUCCACGCAUGGGUGCAAUUCGUGCUAUAAUGGAUGAGCUUGCAACGCACAAAGAAGAAUCGGAACAACCAACAGCAAACAAUAACAAAUUUGGCUCUGAUUUUGAAUAUCGUGGAGCAAAAUUGGCAAAGCGCUACCAUGAUCCGUUGUCGUUCUCCGACACAGGAUGUAUUAAAGAUCCUAACAGUCCAAUGAAAGAUCCAAAUGAAGAUGUUCUAAGCUGGAUUCUAGACAUAACGAUAGGAUACCCUGGCGGACGUCCCAUAGACUUAUCACACAUUAUCUUUGGACAUAGAGACCCUUGUCAAACAUUCCUGUACUAUAGGCUAUAUCAUUUAUCUGAGGUUCCAAAAGAAGAAGAGGCAUUUUCCAAGUGGCUCCUUGACCGAUGGGUUGAGAAAGAAACAAUGCUGGAACAAUUCUACACCUCUGGAGAGUUUCCUCAAAAAUCAAGUGCCUACCUUAUACCUCCUCGACCUGUGACGCAAAAUAAUCUUAGAUUCCUUUUACUGCAUCUUUUUUUCAUGUUGUCUAGCUAUGUCCAUUAUAUAAUUAUUUCAUUUAUUAUUUCUAAGAUCAAUGGGUAGCUUUUGGUUGAUUAGGGUUCACAUUAUUUUCUUAGAAUCAUAAUUCAAUUUAAAAUUGAGAGGUUGUUGGAAAAAUCAAGAGAAAUCAAGUCAAUGAAAAACAAGCAAGUUUUUCUGGUUUCUUUUCAAACUAUAUUUUAUCACACUGCAAUUCUAUCUCUACCCGGUGACAGAUACAAGCUAGAUGGGAAGUUGCAGCUCAUCAACAGGGUGUCAUCAAAGAAUCAAUAUCAAUGUAUGCUUAGCUUUGAAGAAACCUGUUUCUGCCUUAGAAAACUAUGCACAGUUUUUUGUUUUUUCCAAAAAACUAACAUAAAUGAUCUUGUCUGCUUAAUGACACCAAAUCAUGAUUGAGUAGGCAGUUUAUUUAUUGCAGGUAAAAGAACUUACAGCAAAAAACAUUUCAACAGAGGCUGCUGGCCCAUUGUUGAUGAGCUGUGCCUGGGCUUACACUUAAUCUGCAGACUUUUUGCUCGUUAUUAAAAAGUUGCACCUUCUCUCUUCACUGCAAUACUCACUUAUUUUUAGACUACUAUGUUCUUUCCUCUCAAACUCUUGCUUGUCUUUACAUCUCCCCUUUCCCUAAGUUUUGUUGUGAGGGGACCAUCAAGUCCUACUGAUGGUUAAGAGCAAUGUUUCUUUUUUCACUGCAAAUUUUUUAUUCUCUAUUUGGAGGAUUAAUGCCCUGUUUCCUUUCCUUCGUUUUUCUAACUUGAAACAAAAGUCAUUAGGCUAAACUGAAAUCAAAUCUUGCUUAAAUAUCCUUAAACGCUCAAGAUCACAGGAGCAAAUCUCCAAUAAUUACAUUUCGUAUUAUUCAUCGCUCAUUUAAACCUUGUAUUAGUUCAGCUCAAUUAAUUUUAUUUGAAUCAAUUUUCUAAAACAGCUUUCAUCGGAAUAAAGUAGUCCAGAAAGAUUUUUUCAUUCAGCCCAAAUUUCAAUUGAGUGUUUCUCGUUUUUUUGUCACUUGGAAAAUGGUAGAGAGUGAUAUUUUUUUUUUUAUUCGUUUAUUUGUUUCAAGUAGUGGAUGAUUUCUUUCAACAUUUUCUCUAAACAACCCUGCCAACUCCUUUUGAGGAUAUGUGCCACGAUUGAUUUCCCAUUUUUUUAUUGUAUUCAACUCGUCUAUGGAUGCUGAUUAAAAGUCAUCAUUGCUCCAACUUUCUUCAAGCCCCCGUUUGCGCACAAUCUGAGAUAAGACUGCCGUUCAACAGUAGUGGCUGCUGACAACAAAAUAUGUAAACAAGCUAGGGUUUUCCUGAUUUCCUUGAUUGCACAGCUGACCCGUUCUCAAGUCCUGAAAUGAGGGAUCUCUUUGACUCUUCAUUGUUGCACUGCCUUCAUUUAUUCAAGAAAUUAUGGAAAGGUCCACCGCAGAUUGUGCGGAAAUAGUGGUUUGUAGAAAGUUGGCGCAAUGAUGACUUUUAAUCAGCAUCCGUAGACGAGUUUAAUGGGGAAAUAAAUAGGAAAUCGAUCGUGGUACUUAUCCCCACAAGGAGUUUCCAGGGUCUCUUAAGCUUUCGUUCAUCAGUAGAUGUAAAUGAUUAUAAUGGCCAAUCCUCUCUCUUAUGACCUGUUUGUUCAGGGUUUAGUUUUUGGACCAAACUAUUUUUAUAAAAUGUCUAAGUUUAUUUAAGUUCUUGUAAAAUAUUAAGUCUCAUUUUUUCACUCACUCUUGCUUUCAAACUUGAACUAGAAAACAAAUACAGAAUGAUUCUAUCUUCAGUGUAGAUGAGUUGAAACUACCAUUCAUGUUAGCUAUUAUCACAGCCCUAUGGCUUCUAACGUUCCUUAAGCUAUUCAGUUGUGUAUCCAUGGCUACGAUGCUCAUAGUCUUUUCGAGUGUAUCAUGACAAAGAAGAUUUCCCAAUGACUAUCAAAACUUCAAUGACCUACCCCUACCUUUUGACUUGUUGUGACCCAAUUGUAUGAUAGAAUAUUUUGCAGGGGCUAAAAUUAUGUAUGCACUACUACUUCUAUAACUAACUAAUGAACGUGUCGCUCUUACAGCGCUUCUGUGCACUCUGCAACACUCAACCGCUGCUAAUAGCAAUCCUGCCAGAGCUCAUCCGGCAAAUUGCACCUCCUCGUUUCCUGCCUUAUUCCAUCAAUCCACGAUUUGGCAGGGCGGAAUGAAGAAAACUACUUCUAUAUCCUCUCUUAAAAAAUUGCCGAAUUCAUUCAUUCUUCUGGGAACAUUGAACUGAUUCCAUAAGUAAUCAGAGGAAAGAAAAUUCAUUUCAGGACCUCCAUUAUUUAUCUGUUGCUUUUUUGAGCUGGAUGUCUGGAAAACAAGAAAAUAAGAAGAAGAACAAAAGUUAUUUUGGAGAAAGACCAGUCUGUUAAUGAGAAAGUAUGGUUGAAGGAUUUUUAAUCCAUACAAGUGGAUCCUUAUUAUCAACAGUCUCGCAUAAUACUUCUCAUUUGCAUAAAUUCCAAUUAUUCAGCAUUGGCAAUAAACUAAAAACUAUGACAAAUUGACCUGACAAUCAUCAAAAACUAAAUUGAAUACUCGUUCAAAACUGGUCAAUAGCAUUAAGUGCAUAACUGGUCAAUUACUAGGGUAUAAUUUCAGAAGCGAAUAUGAUCUAAGCAUUGUACGAGUUGAUGAGAAAGUUUAAUUUGCCCUCUCAAAAAGCUCCAUUUGAAAAAUGAGGUGAAAAGGAGGUUUUCAGCUCUGUAUUCCAUGCCAAAUAUCAAUGAAGGAAAAAGUGAACAUGAUCUUAUGAAGAGAAUCAUUUAUUAGGAAAUUGUUUGUUAUAUUAAUUUUAGGUUAAGUCAUUCGAUGUAAAUCCAAAUUAGCUAUAAUUGUAUGAUGACAUCCAAACCUUAACAAAAACUACUAAAACCGUUCUAAAAAAACGACUUCUGUUGUCUAACCAUGUCAUAGGUGUUUAUGUUCUUAAAUUCAGUUUUCCUCAUUAGAUCGGGCACUUAUUUCAAUCUUGUCUUAAAGCUAUUUAAAGAGACUGAUUCAAGUCUAAAUUAUUGUCAAAAGGAGAGGAUACGGAAAAUGAGAUAUUAUCAGAAAGGCUGUAACCAGUGUUCAACGAUAUUUGACUAUGUAGGAGGAAAGAUAAAACCAGGGGCAAAUUUAAUGAAUUAAGGCUCUCAAGCAGUACCAAAAAUCCCCUUUAGUAAGCAAGUCAAUCUUUUUUUCUCUUUUUUAACUUCUUCUAUGAAAAAGUGUGUAAUUGCCUACAUUGUCAUAUUUUUCUGAUCAUUUUGGAAGAGUAUCAAAUCGCUAAAAGUGUUGAAUCAAUAAAUUGUAUGUGAAUUGGCCUUUUAACCUGAGUGAAAAUUGUCUUUCUCCCGGCAAAAUAUCACCUUCCAGUUGUCAGCAGGAUAGAAGCUAUCUUAAAAUUUUUUUGUUCAGAAUUUUUCAUGUUUAAUUAUGACAAUUUAGCAGUAAAAAAUAGUGCAAUUAAUCUUUUUCAAAGAAAUAGCUAAUUUUUUUGUUAUUGUUUUCACUCUUCAGCAGAUAAACCGGCAUACAUUUUAAAUCAAUAGAUAUCUGUCAAGGAAUUAUCACAAAUGGCAAAUUUAACAAAUACUUGGACAUUCCAUUUCUUGUAAAACGAAUGAGAAUACCUACAAAUUCUGGGCGUAAAUUUUAAGUUUCAUCACUCAUUUUGAAGCCUUAAUUCCUCUCUCUCAUUUCCUCUGUCUUUUUUUUGAGAUCGGCCCUCAGUUACGGUCUUUGAUAUUCUUCCCAAAAACGGUUGAAAUGAAGCAACUUAAUGGUUUACCAUCAGGUGAUCAUUGAUUAAAGAAAUUACCAUUUUCCUCAUGCUUGUAGUUAUCAAACUUUUUGGGUCGACCGUGGUAUCAGCGCAGCACAGAGUGUAAUGUUAGCAUCAUGGGACCUUUCAAGCCUUUCAUGGGUUUUCUAUAAGUUUCAUUGCUAUACAAGCAUCGCUUGCGUUACAGCCUUUCUUGAUCUCAUUUGCAAGUAUCAUCUGACUUCGCGUGAUUUUUUAUCUGUGUACUUAGUUUUAAUACCUACCUGUUUCUGCAAGUGCAAAUUUUUCCAAUUGUGGUAACUAAUGAGUUGCUAUCAAAUUAUUUAUUUAUGUCACAUAGAAAUUUUGAAACAAUGUACAAAGUUUUUUUCCCCCUCUCUCUCACUCAGUCAAUAUUGUUUUUACCUCUUUCAAUUCUGAUGAAAUUUUUCUACCGCUUCCGUUACUCACCUCAAAGAAACCCAUGCAUUUAAUUUUAUGCCCUGCAACAUCGUUGUAACACUUUUUUGUCGAUUUUAGUUCAUAAAAUUCUGAAGAAAUAAUUUUAUGUUGUUGGAAAGCUAUUAGAGCCCAAAUUCAUUUUUCAGACGUGAUCUUCAAGCUUAAAUUCAUGUCAUUAUUUUCGACUUAUAGAAGUAAGAGUGUAUCUAUUUUAACUCUUCUACGAUUGUAUUUUUGUUUUUUCAAAAUCCUUUUUACUCUCUGUAUUCUGCUCCUCUCUCACUUCAUUAAUCAGCCUCUACCUCUAGGAAACUGCAAGCUUGUUCAUCAACCGCUCCAAUAAAAUCGAAACAUUGUUUUAAAUCUUUGUCCAUUUUGAUUAACAGGAGAAUUUUGAAUUGAUGAAGACUUUGUAUUCAAACGAUACCUCAAAAAUGAUCUGCCAGUUUUUGAAUUCGGUCAAUAUUAAAUGCUUGAAUUUUUCCAGAUCUGUUACAUUUUCAUUUUGUUUCCUUUAUUUAUGUCCCUCUAUGCGGUCAUAAUUUCAAAAUGCUAGUCUUUAGUUUUUUCUCUCUUUUUUUGGCAGAAAUUCUGUUGAUAUGUUUUAUGACCAUGUGAGUUAAAUGCGAGUCUCCUGUAGCAUGAUGUUUUAAACUUGUCCUUGCGGUUUUUAAGGUUCCUAAGAUGAAUUAUUAUGUUUGAAGUGGAAACCCCCGUUAUUUAGUCCUUAUCAUUUUGAAUAAUUUUCUUAUCGUCUUUUAAAAAUGUAUUUUUUAUUGGUUUGUGGUAACUGUUUAAAUUAAUUUUUGGUGAUAAAUCUCUACUGAAUUGGUACGCUCUCCUCCUAAUCAUCAAUUCUGAUCCCAGUAGAAAUGUUAAGCGAAGCACCUUUUCUCUCUCUUCAACACUCACUUAUAGUUAAAUAUUCACUACUUGGCUACUAUUUAAGGAAUAAUAAUGGUCUGAGCAAGCAUCAACUUUGGCGGAAUGAUUGGAGUUGUCACUCCCUCUUCAGGUGUAUUUGUAGCGUUUCCAUACAUUUGAAACAUUUUAUAAGAAAACCUCUAAAUCUUUUUUUCUGUGAAUCGCCAGGUGUCUACGCACAACAUGAGAUAAUCAAUUGGAUGUUAUUGUGUUUUUUGUUAAAAAAUAAAACUUCAGAGAAAAUUAGGCGACAUCUGAUAUAGUUUGACUGAUUUUCUCUAAGUCCGUCCAAUUGAUCAGAAAUUACUAUUGAAGUAUGGCUGGCGUGAAUAUUUCUAAUUAUUAUAGCUUUAGAGUUGCCAUAUUCACCAAGGCUAUAUUUUUGGAGUUAUUUAAAACCUCUUCAUGAUCAAAUUCAUAUUGAUACCUGAUAAAUCAUGAGAAGUUUCAGGAAUUUCUGACAAAAAUUUCUUCAAAUUUAAAAUGUAUAAAUAUGUUGCUUGGUGAUGUGCUGAAUUGAAAUCUCUGGAAUUGCUCUCCUUACAAAAUUAUGUAGACAAAAUUGGUCAGUGAAAUAUUUUCAUUAAUUUUAUCCUUUAUUUUCUUCAUGUGUUGUAAAAAGAGGAAAGGUCUACCCUAUUUCAUAAAUCAUAAAUAAAAUUCAUGGAAACUAAGGUGUAACAAUUCUGAACUAUUCUUCCUGUCGGUUAAGCUUAGUUAUUACCGUAGGUUAGAUAUUUUCACCCAUUCAGCUUUGCCAGUAAGAGAUGUGGAUUCACCAAAUGCAUUUAACCAUUAAACAUUUUGGAGUUAUAAGAAGGUCUUCAAUUUAAGGACUUACGGUGGUGUCUUUGAUCAUAAAUGGUCUAUUCUUUUGGAGAAAACAAAUAUUUUUUUAAUCGUCGAAAUUGUAAAUAUUAGCCCUUAAGUAUAUUUUUAAGUGAGUUCCUGUCAAAAGUUAUUUUUUUCAAGUAGUAAUUUAUAUUUGUACAUCAGGCAAUAGGUAUGUGCGCAUUAGUUUUGACUAUUCCCUGCGUAAAUUUGUUAUUUUAAAAUCAGUCGAUUAAAACGGUGAAAUUCAUUGA